AUGAUGGAAGCUCGGGUACCCCUCUCAGCCCACUGCCAGGCCCCACCAGCCUCUGGCCCGCACACAGACCUGGACCUCCCGGGCCGAAGCCUUGCCCACCCCGCACCUUCCUGCUACCUUCUAGGCAGCGAAUCCAGCUCCGGCCUGGGCCCGCCACCUGAGGCCCACCUCCCCGAGGGCGGCCUGAAGCGCUGCUGCCUCCUGGGCCUGCCCGUCACCUCCUCGGCCUCCUCCUCGCCCUGUGCCUCCUCCGACAUCACCUCCAUCCUCCGCUCCUCCCAGACUACUCUGGUCACCUGUGUGAAUGGACUCCGGAACCCCCCUCUCCCAGGAGACCUGGGGGGCCCUCCCAAGCGGGCCCAACCCGGCCCUGCAACCACUGAGAGCCACGAGGGCACUUUGCAGGCGGAAUCCUGCCGGAAGGUGGGCUUCCUGAAGCAGGAGCCUGCGGACGAGUUCUCAGAGCUCUUCGGACCUCACCAGCCCAGCCUGCCACCCCCCUACCCCGUGCCUCAGGUGCCUUCAGGCCUAGGCCUUGGCGGCCUGGGGCUGGGCCUGGCCGGGAGGGGGGCUGGGCGGCAGGCAUGCCGCUGGGUGGACUGCUGUGCAGCCUACGAGCAGCAGGAGGAGCUGGUGCGGCACAUCGAGAAGAGCCACAUCGACCAGCGCAAGGGCGAGGACUUCACCUGCUUCUGGGCGGGCUGCGUGCGCCGCUACAAGCCCUUCAACGCUCGCUACAAACUGCUCAUCCACAUGAGGGUGCACUCAGGCGAGAAGCCCAACAAGUGCAUGUUUGAAGGCUGCAGCAAGGCCUUCUCGCGGCUGGAGAACCUCAAGAUCCACCUGCGGAGCCACACGGGCGAGAAACCAUACUUGUGCCAGCACCCGGGCUGUCAGAAGGCCUUCAGCAACUCCAGCGACCGCGCCAAGCACCAGCGCACCCACCUCGACACGAAGCCAUACGCCUGUCAGAUCCCUGGCUGCUCCAAGCGCUACACGGACCCCAGCUCCCUCCGCAAGCACGUGAAGGCCCAUUCGGCCAAAGAGCAGCAGGUGCGUAAGAAGCUGCACGCGGGCCCUGACGCUGAGGCCGACGUCCUGACCGAGUGCCUGGCCCUGCAGCAGCUCCACGCGUCCGCACAGCUGGCGGCCAGCGGCGACGGGAAGGGGGGCCGAGCCCUGGGCCAGGAGCUGCUGCCAGGCUUGUAUCCUGGCUCCAUCACCCCUCAGGAUGGGCUCGCACCUGGCCUCCUGCCCCCCACGCACGACGUCCCUUCCAGGCACCACCCACUGGAAGCCGCCACCGGUCCCCACCAUCUGUCCCCUCUGCCCACGGCCGAGAGCACCAGGGAUGGGUUGGGACCCGGCCUCCUCUCGCCCAUGGUCAGCCCGCUGAAGGGGCUUGGGCCACCACCGCUGCCACCGUCCUCCCAGAGCCAUUCUCCGGGCGGCCAGCCCUUCCCCGCGCUCCCCAGCAAGCCACCCUACCCGCCCUUCCAGAGCCCUCCGCCCCCGCCUCUGCCCAGCCCCCAAGGGUACCAGGGCAGCUUCCACGCCAUCCAGAACUGCUUCCCCUAUGGCGACUGCUACCGGGCAGCUGAGCCAGCAGCCAGUGGGGAUGCACUGGCAGGGGAGGCCCCUGGUUUCAACCCCCUGCGGCCCAAUGGCUACCACGGCCUCAGUGCACCCUUACCUGCCACAGGCUACGAGGCCCUGGCCGAGGCCCCGUGCCCCACGGCGCUGCCGCCACAGCCGCCAGAGGACGUCGUGCCCAGCGGCCCCGAGGUCUGCAGCUUCUUCCCCAACGGGGCCUUCGACCACUGCCUCAGUCACAUACCCUCCAUCUACACCGACACCUGA